CGGAAGCCCUUUAGCUUCUGAAAAUUGUAAUUGCAAUUCAGUGAAGUAUUGGCUCCCUGAAAAAAAAUACAAAGCUUUAAAUGGACUGUUUUAUGAAGAGAUAUAUCCAUUAAAUCAAAACCUCUUGUCUGGGAAAGCUCAACGGAGAUUUCUUGUCUCUUUACCAAAAUAUUGCAAAUUUGAAGAGAAAAACAAUCUAAUAUUACGAAAAUAUAAUGGUUAUCCUGGAUUUCACCAUCUUUAUGGAUUUUCACAGGUAUUGAUAAAGAAUGGUGAUGAUUUUGGAAUUGUUUAGCAAUGUUGAUUAAAUGCAAUGAUUCAAUAAUAUGUGCUGGUAUAAAUCGUGGCUUUCAAGAUGCCCCAAGGCAACAGUUGACAAGAAAAUUGCUAACAUUGCAGACAGAUUCUGCUGAUUAUAAUGUGGACCCUCAACUUUAUUGGACAUUCCUUUGCAUUGCUACUUUUUGCAUAUUCAUCAUUCUCAUUGUAUUGUGUGCAAAAAGUAGAAAGAAUAGUAAAGGAAAUGUGGCUUAUAAUUCACAUGAUGGAAAUGUGACAAUAUUAUCAUCACAAAUAGUUACAUCCACAGAUACAAAUUCCAACCAAACCAUAGCACCUCUACCCAAUUCAGAUGCUGCUGAUACUAGUAAAGUUGAUGGUUCUGUGGUGGAAAAAACUCAAGAAAAUGUGAUGGAGAAUAAAGAAGAAGAUCACCAGAUAAUGAAGAGCAAACACGUGAGCAUUAGCAUUGAUCAAGGUAGAAGUAAUAAUGACAGUGAGACAGAGAAUUCUAAAAGAAAAAUAGUGAGAAGGAUACAUCAUCAACACAAAAAUAAUGAUCAUUCAAACAAGACUGUUUUGCCAAAGACAUUCUCUCAACGAAUCCGUCCAUCAUUAAAGAAAAAACAAGGAACAAAAGUCUACCAGCCAAAAGAGAAAAAUGCUUCAAAUAGUUCAAUAACAUCUCAUGAUAAUCGUCAUAGUAUUGUUAAUCGUGAACUACCCAAGACACCAUCUCAUGAACAUUCAAGUGAUUUAGGUAAAAAAAUGACAAGGCUUAAUGUGCCUGUUGGGGAUGACAAUGAUUCUGGUCAUUAUGAUUCUGUUGAUGAUUCAUUAAAAGUGAGAGAUGACAAUUAUGAAGAAGGAUAUAAUGCUUAUGAAAGUGUAACUCCCAAGGAAGUACUUGUAACUCAAGGUGUCGCAAUAAAGCCCAACACUACUCCCUAUGAAAGUGUGGACAUCUCUGAGUACGAAGAACCUAACAUCUUUAGAAAUCGAAGUUUUUCAGACCUUCCUAAAUCUUCCACUCCAAGAUUAGUUACUACUGAAACAAAAUCAGUCACACUGCAUAGCCCCCAAAACAGUGCAUCAAAACUACCACCUUAUGAAAAUCAUCACAUAGUAAACAACGAUUAUGACGAUAAUGAUAUACAGCCAUACACUACAUCAUUUAAGAAAGGUGAUCUUAUCAUUCAGGAAGUCAGCACAUCUACCCAAACAAAGCCAGAUAGAAAUGUGUCAAAUAGAAAGUUAAGUCCAGAAGAAAUUGAGCAACUUUACACAAAAGUUGAUAUGAAGAAAAAGAAGAGGGACCGAGAAGAGGCACAACUAACAAAAAGAAAUGAAGAGGAAGAAAAUAAUGAUCGUACCUUUGAAAAAACACUGUCUUUAGAAGUGAGCAAAGACCAACAAGCAUUAGCAAAUGUAACUGAAAACAAAAGCAAAGAUUCCUCUCAAGAAAGUGCACACGAAAUCAAAAACGACAGUCUCUCUCAUGAAAUCGCACCUAAAAACGGAAACGAAUCUUUCUUCCAAGAAAACGCACCUAAAAACGAAAACGAAGCUUUCUUCAAAGAAAAUGUACCUGAAAACGAAAACGAACAUUUCUCCCAAGAAAAUGCACCUGAAAACGAAAACGAACAUUUCUCCCAAGAAAAUGCACCUGAAAACGAAAACGAACAUUUCUCCCAAGAAAAUGCACCUGAAAACGAAAACGAACAUUUCUCCCAAGAAAAUGCACCUGAAAACGGAAACGAAGGUCUCUCCCAAGAAAACGCACCUGAAAACAGGAAUUUCUCUCAAGAGAAAAAUUAUUCGCACGACGAAUCCCCGCUGUACGAAGAAGUUAUACCAAAACAAGACGUGGAGGAUAAAAAAUAACAUUUCAUGUAGAAAUAGAUAGCUUGUAACUUUUGUAUACAAUGUAGCAUAACAUUAAUUUUAUUUUCAUAUUUGUAUUUUUAAACUUUUGUGUAUAUUGAGUUAUUUUGGUCAAUAAGAUAGUACACCAACAAAAUAA